CUGCCUCACGCCCGAGAGCAAGAGGAGCUGCUCGCACCCGCAGACGGUAACCACCUCCGUCGCUCGCGCAGGGACACCCUGGCUCCGCGUGCACCUGGACGGCCCUGCGCUCAGCAGCCAGCAGCGCCGCACUCUCCUGGGGGCGCUCGUGCUGUCAGACAGAGCACCCUUCAAGGCCCCUUCACCCUUCGCUGAGCUUAUCCUUCCAACGACCACCGCAUAGCCCUAAAUCUCCAACCCACCUCAGCCAGGUCCAUGAUGCUACUGGCUCAAGGGCCCAAAGUUUGGCCCAAGCUCUCUCAGUUCAAACCCCUUCUCAGGAUCUCAGGAGGUGAAACUCUGCACAUAAAUUUCCGGUGCCUGUCAGGGCGGGGCCAACGCCACGGCCCUGGUCUAAGAACUAGGUUGCUGAUCACUGCCCUGUUUGGGGCUGGGCUAGGCUGGGCCUGGCUGGCUGCAAGAGCUGAGAAGGAACAGUGGCGCCAACAGCAGCGGACAGAGGCACUGCGCCAGGCUGCUGUGGGCCAGGGUGACUUCAGCCUACUGGACCACAAAGGCCAGCCGCGCUGCAAAGCUGACUUCCGGGGCCAGUGGGUGCUGAUGUACUUCGGCUUUACUCACUGCCCGGAUAUUUGCCCCGAUGAGCUGGAAAAGCUGGUGCAGGUGGUGCGGACGCUAGAGACAGAGCCUGACCUGCCCCUGGUGCAGCCCGUCUUCAUCACUGUGGACCCAGAACGAGAUGACGUGGCAGCCAUGGCCCGGUAUGUCCAAGAAUUCCACCCAAGACUGCUGGGUCUGACUGGUUCUACAGAGCAAGUGGCCCAGGCUAGUCGUAACUACCGUGUAUACUACAGUGCUGGUCCCAAGGAUGAGGACCAGGACUAUAUUGUGGACCACUCCAUCGCCAUCUAUUUGCUCAACCCAGAUGGUCUCUUCACUGAUUACUAUGGUCGUAGCAGGUCAGCAGAACAGAUCGUAGAGAGUGUACGCCGGCACAUAGCUGGCUUCCACAGCAUCCUGCCCUGAACUAUACCUACUGCUAGUCCCUGUCAUUAAAUGGAGGAACUUAA